CGGUGGCCCUGUUUCUGGUUUCAUGAUACCCCUCUGUAUCAUAUUUUACCAGUGGUUAGUUGACGCACCGGUUGUGUGGAAUUGUUUUGUUUAUUUUUCAUACGAUAAGUAAUUAUUCAUGGGAGUUGUGUGCACAAUUUUUCACUGACAUUUCGAAAUGGCUACAAGCGAAGAUGGAUUGCCAAUAACUGUGGAAUUUGGGGGAGGAGCUGAACUUCUCUUCGACAAAAAGAAAAGACACGAUGUAAAAUUACCUGGUGAUAAAGAAUGGACGUUACAAAAAUUAUUAUACUGGAUUAAGGACAAUUUAUUGAAGGAGAGGGAAGAGCUAUUUCUCCAGGAAGACACAGUACCGGGCAUCCUCGUUCUCGUAAACGACGCGGACUGGGAGCUAUUGGGACAGGGAGAGUACAAGCUGUGUCCUAAUGAUAAUGUACUAUUCAUCUCAACGCUCCAUGGUGGCUAAGAAGCAGGGAUGGCCAUCAAUAUUCCAUUUCUUUCCUAUUAACAAGGAUUUCCGGCUCAAGAUGAGUAUGGUACAAAUAUACUCAGUGAAAUUUUAAAAUAGGACAAUAUGUGAUAAUUUGAAUUUCCGAUUGAUGGGGAAUUGAAUAUUUCAUAAUAUGGAACUGCCAAUUUUCUAUUGAUUAAAUAAUAGUACAUUUCGUAAAGGGCAUUAUCGAUUAUCUACAUAAUCGCCCACCUCCAUAAUUAAAUUAUUAGUGCGGUAUUGAUAUUUCAAUCGUCGGAUAAUAACUCCGAUCUACUGAUAUGGCUAUCGCUGGUAAGGGGGUUUUAAACGCGUUGUAAAUUGUGAAUACUUGGGGACGGGAUGGGGGCGUAGGUCGAUGGGUAGAUCCAGUGGGGGUUAUUAAACCGAAGAAUCGAUGAUAGUGAGGAAAAUUAUGUCAGAGAUUUUUUCUUUAAUCAGUUCAGAUCGUCAAGGCAGGAUACAAACACAUUUCUAGGGGUUUUGUUCAAUAAUUGCCACUUUAGAGUGACUUAUGUCUUGAAAAAUUAUUUAAUUAACAAGAAAAAUGUAAAAAUUAUUGCACUCAUGUGUGUUGAUACACAUGCAGACUAAGAUAAUAAAAUAUCCCGAGCUCUACGAUGGAACGUUCGAGAUAAGUUUUACGUAAUGGCUAUAAUAUAACGGCUGACACUCUGGCACAAUGCCAACUGUU